GUCAGUUCAACCAUCCAGAUUCAUUCAAUCCAUCGCUAGCACCCCCAAAGAUCCAAUUUUUGCUUCUUGUUUUGGGGGCUCUCUUUCAGAAUUUGUGGUCUCAAAUGCAGUAGUGUGCCUUUGGGAUGAAAAAGAUUUCUCUUUUACUGCACCAGCAGCAGCAUUUUUUUGUGUGUGGUGAUUUAUGACAUCACAUCUGGCGUUGAUGUCGUGCCUGCUGGUGCUGGUACUCUCCCUCGAUAAGUUCCUCCUCCACUACCUCAAGAAGCGGUGGCUCUCCGGCCCCAGAAUCUCGAGCGCUCCGUCCAAAUCGCGGCGGUCCAUGGCGGCGACCGGCGGCGGCGGCGGCGCCAAGUGGAGCGAGACGGCCAUGCUCGUCAUCGACAUGCAGAAGGAUUUCGUCGACCCGGCGAUGCGGAGCCCGAUGCUGGUGGACGGCGGCCAGGGCGUGGUCCCAACCGUCGCCGAGGCGGUCGCCGUCGCGAGGGAGCGCGGCAUCUUCGUCGUCUGGGUGGUCAGAGAGCAUGAUCCUUCUGGAGCAGAUGUUGAAGUUUUUCGCAGACGUUUCUAUUCUGGUGGAAAGGGCCCAACAGUGAAAGGUUUGAAAGGGGCUGAGCUAGCUGACGGGCUUGCCAUCAAAGAAGGGGAAUAUAAGUUGGUGAAGACUAGAUUUAGUGCUUUUUUCGCAACACCCCUUGAUUCUGUCCUCAGAACCACAGGAAUAAAGAAUUUGGUUAUUGUUGGGGUUCAAACACCAAAUUGCAUUCGGCAGACGGUCUUUGAUGCUGUAGCACUGAACUAUGAGAAAGUUACAGUCAUUAUUGAUGCAACAGCUGCUGCUAGGCCAGAGAUCCAUCUGUCAAAUAUAAGAGAUAUGAAGAAUAUUGGAGUGGAAACACCAACCUUGGAAGAAUGGCGACGGUAAAAUUGAUGUUUCUGGUAAUAUACAGAUGGUCGACACCAGUGACCUGGAUGUAUUGGAGGCAUCCAUGUUCCUUUCCAUCCCAAUCGAUGUAAUUAUAUUAACCUUAUUUCAAGUAGAACAUCAGCAGAUAUUGUUAAUAUAUAUUCAACUGUACAACUUCUAACCCCUCCUAUAUGAAAUUGAUCACAUUUGGACUGCUUUCAGUUUCAUGUCUUUAGAGUCAUGAGGCAUGCAGAAUUAGAAGAUUUGUGCUAGGUGGAAAGUUGUGGGAUAUAAACUUCCACUUUCCCAUGUCUACUGUAAACUUUCUGAUAGAGAUAUUCCUGAUAUCUAGAUGAAAGUUAUGUGAUGAAAA